UGUUUUAAAAUGGGGUCCUUUACAACCCGGAAGCUGAGCUUUCACAUGUUGUGUACAUACAUACCGGUUUCCUAGCACCGUUUUCACCUCCUGUCAUAUUUUAGCCAGUGCUUUUGCUUCAGUAAAAUAAGAAGAUGAAAGUCGUCGCGUUGAUAAGUGGGGGCAAAGAUAGCUGCUACAACAUGAUGCAGUGUGUUGCUGCUGGCCACAGUCUGGUAGCUCUGGCCAACCUGCGUCCUGCUCACACAGAUGAGUUGGACAGUUACAUGUACCAGACAGUGGGCCACCAGGCCAUAGAGCUGUUUGCUGAAGCUAUGGACCUGCCACUGUACAGACGGACCAUCCAGGGCUCUAGCUUGGAUACCAGCAGAACCUAUAGUGAGACAGAGGGGGAUGAGGUGGAGGACUUGUACGAGCUUCUGCUUCUCGUCAAGGAAAGGGAGGGCGUCGAAGGAGUGUCUGUAGGAGCCAUUCUCUCCGAUUACCAGAGGGUCCGGGUGGAAAACGUGUGUCUGCGGCUAGGCUUGCAGCCCCUGGCUUACCUGUGGCGCAGAGACCAAGAGUCUCUGCUCUCUGAGAUGAUAUCAUCUGGCCUCCGCGCUAUCGUUAUCAAAGUUGCCGCCUUCGGACUGGAUCCAGAGAAGCACUUAGGAAAACCUCUGGCUGACAUGGAACCUUAUCUGAAACAGCUCUCCCAGAAUUACGGAGUCCAUAUAUGUGGAGAAGGAGGAGAGUAUGAAACCUUUACCCUUGAUUGCCCUCUCUUCAAAAAGAAGAUUAUUAUUGAUGCAGCAGAGACAGUGAUCCACUCAGCAGAUGCCUUUGCUCCAGUUGGCUACCUGCGCUUCACGGAGAUGCACAGCGAAAGCAAAGACAGCGAUGUGGUGGUGAGAGCUCUGCCCCUUGGUAGUUGUCCUUGCCAGAAUGCCAUUGACAGGAUGACUGAGGAGGUGGAAUAUGCUGAUCGAGCCGAAGACGACCAGCAAGAAUUUACAUCAAAUCACGACCUUAGUUGUCAGCAAGGCCACGAUUUGCCCCCAUCCUGGUCACCCAGAAGCUCUAGAGGCUACCAGUGGAUCUCUGGCGUCAGCGGCCUUCGGAGCCAAAAUGCCGGGAUCCAGGACCAGACAUCGGCAGCUUUCACGCAACUGCAAAGUGAGCUGGACGGCAGAGGCUGGACGUUGAAGGACGUCCUCCUGGUCCAUCUGUAUGUGAGGAGCAUGGACGACUUCGGUUCGCUCAACGCCGUCUACAAGACGCAUUUCGGCGUGAACCCUCCGGCCAGGGUGUGCGUCCAGGCCGCGCUUCCUGUCGGUCAGCUGCUGCGGAUGGACUGUCUCCUCCACCGCUGGACGGAGCCGCCAGAGGAAGGCGCUUUCCAUCAGAGAGACGCUCUGCACGUACAGAGCGUGUCCCACUGGGCCCCAGCCAACAUCGGACCCUACAGCCAGGCCUUCAGGGUAGAUGAGUCCGUUUUCUGCGCCGGCCAAAUCGCCCUGGUCCCGUGUACGAUGCAGAUGGCGGCGGCCGGCGCCGCGACGCAGGCCGCCCUCGCCUUCAGCCACGCGAGGAAGGUUCUGGGAGCGGUGAUGGGCGGCUUGACCCUGGCUCACGUCCUCCAAGCUCACUGCUACACCACCAGACGCCGGGACAUCCCCAUCGUCAGGGCCGUGUGGCAGAGCACGCUGAAGGCCGCGCUUGAGGAGAAGGAGCUGCCGUGGGAGCCGGCUCCUCUGCUGGUGGCUGUGGUUGCGGCGUUGCCGCGCGGCGCCGCCGUGGAGCUGCACGUGUCCGCGACCCGCGACGACCCCACCCGAAGGACCUCCUGCCGCGCGAGCGACCGGGCGGCGUCCGCGUCCAUCGAGUGCCGCGUCACGGCGGCCGCCGGCGGCCGCGCCGCCUCGCUCUCCCUGUGGGUGACGGUGACGGCGCCGGACGGCGACCCGGCGGCGCCGACGGGCGCCCGGGACGUGACGGAGGCAGUGGGUUCCACGUUCAGGAGGGCCGUGGAGAAGACGGAGGCCGAGCUGGUGCCGCUGUGCGCCCGGGCGUUCUUCAGGGCGGCCCAUCCGCUGGCAGCGCGGGUCGCAGAGGGACUGGAAGAAGGUUUGAGACGCUCUCUCGGGGCCUCUAGUCCGUCCGUCGCCCUGGUCCCCGUCCUGGACUUGCCUGACUCCCAGAUCCUCCACCUGUCCUGCUGGCUCAGCGUAUAAACACACAGGCCCUGGAAUCCAGCGCGGUUCUGCUGGAGGAGCGACUGCGACAGGCUGAUGACUCACAACUGGGCCCGAAUAAAUAAAGGAGAGGAGAAACUGCGUGGCUGCGGACUGUUUAUCACUGCUAAUUGUUGAAACGCAAGCUUGUACAUCACAAAGUGGUUUUGAAGACGUGUUUAUUUCAUUCACUUUAUACCCCAGAACGUUUGACAAUAUUUCACUUCGCUCCCCACUGGAGUUGCAGACCCGAGCAGCUGUUGCUCUGUCUGGUGGAAGUUGUCGAACUUAAAGCUGCGCUCAGAAAAUAGAAAGAGACGCCGCGAGAGAAUCCCUCCACGAGGCGAUAAAGCGUGUCCCCCGAUGCCUUCACUGUUUGUGCUGGAAUUUCUUUAGCACAGCAGCUAACACCCCUCAUAAAGACCUAACGCCACCGCUGACACCAUCUGUUCAGUUGUAAAGCUAUAGAUUUACUGUCUGGUUAGUGGCUGUAUGUAACGUGUGCAGAUGACGGGACUGUGUUUCUCCCGCUCCAGCUCUGUGAGAUUCGAGGUGUGUUAUUAUUGUGUAAUAGGCAAUCAGCUCCAAGCACCUGAAAAGAUUAAGCCUCUUUAUGUUUUCUAUUGAUUCUAAGGCAGCCUGGUUAAUAAGAGUGGGUCUCCACCAAAGGGUGUGUGCGUGUUGUGUGUUGUGUGCGUGUGUUGGGGAGGCAGGGUUGUGAGAGUGACGGCGUGGAAUGAAAAUACCACCGUUAACCAUUGCUCCUGGAACAUUUCUUUUCUCAAAGAUCAUGAACCGUAUUGAUGAUCUGAGUCGGGACGCAUCUUCACCCCGGGAGAGUGGAGCCAGCGAUCGAUCCUCACCCUCCGCAAUGUUGUUUUGAUUGUUGUUAUCAAAAAUUGAACAAUGGAGGCGGCCAAUAGAGCCUGAAGAUUUUCUCUUUGUUAUCGAGGUUCGGAGAACACAAACAAGCAAUUAUUUAUGAGGGCGAGCAAACCAAUGCACAAUAAGUAAAGUGUGUGAUAAUGUUCAGCUUUAGGCUCAACCGUAGGAGAGUCAGAACUUUUCAAUGAUUUUCCUGUCAAAUCUAUUCAUCACACUUAUUUGCGCUAGUAGUAACGUCCUUUUAUUACACAAAGGAGGUACUUAUCUAAAAAGUUUAAUCUAGUAGUCAAAUGUAAUCAGAGGCAGUCUGAUUACUCAUUCUGGACAAACAGUAGUAUACAAGAAAAACAGGAAGUAGGUUUUGUUUAAAUAAAGUUCAAAUAUAAAUCUGAGAAUUAACCAAACAUUCAAACUUGCAACUUGCUGCUCUUUAGAGUUUUGAUUGAUUGUGUUUUUAUUUACAGUGGAACCAGAUGAAAAAGCGCAAGACUGAGCGUUUGUGUAAGUACAGAGAUGUUUGGCCGCUGAAAUUCGGCGCACGAUAACCACUUGUCGAUCAAACGCGAAAUUAUAGUGGUUGUGUCUUUCAGCGGGUUUGUUUGUGUAGACAAAAGCAAAGCCACAUGUGUACCGUCACACCCUCAUCAUAGCCAAUGUGAUGGCCUGUGGCAAACACGUUUCCCUGUGUGCUUACCACUCCGUUUCCACAAAAUGAAUGAAGACAGGGUGACAUUUACUUUUCUCAUGUGUUUGGUCAAAUGUACAUUUUUUACUAAGCUGACCUGCAACCACUCUGCAAACAAACUAGCUGUUGUCCUUUGUGUGCAGUGUACAAGCCUGCGGCCCUUGUCACUGCGGCCUUGCACAUGGACUUUAACUGUGUGUUUCUUCCUCCAGGCUAACCGGGCUGAUGUGUGUGUGACUCUCUUUCCCCGUAGCAGCGAGCUACAGUAGGGGAGCCGGGUUCAGGAGUGGCCCUGCUGCCUGAGACGCCUCCCGACACUCUGGUCUCUUUGUCUCGGUGGCUGCAGUUGUGGGUGUUGUCGUGUUUGAAUCCAUCUUUUUUUUAAUAAUGCCUUGUGCUGUAUGUUGUAUAAUGUCGUUGAGUUAAUGAUCACAGCAUCUAAUGAAACCUGCUCAUUCUGCUGAAGUGGGGGACAUCA